UGUGGUAUUCUUUAUAUUCCCCAUAUGGCCACCAUAUGAUGGCAAUAGUGUGUUCCAAAUAUUUGCAUACGUUGGAGCGUUUUAUUUAUAUCAGGGGUGAACCUGCUAUUGAAAACCAAGCUGAAUGCCGUUUUUGUAACAAUAAACAGUCUUUCAGAUGAGAUAUGUAAAUCAUAAAAUUUUGAUUAGUAUUUUGCAUAAAACAAAGAAUAUUACUUAAACGAAAACGACCCCAACUACGACAGUGUUAUGAGUUCACCCCUAACAAUGCUGGAAGAUGGUUUCACCGUUCGAGUUCGAAGUUCAUUCUUCCAACUGUCAGACGAUGUCUGAUUAGAAAAUCCGGAAAGUUUUCUCACUUCUCUCACGAAAACUUUCUUACUAAAAUUUUCUAGCGGUAGCGUCAACAAUAUCUUGUACUUCAUUUCUUCAAAGUCGAAAGAUCGACAGACGUCGAAGCGGUUCAGAGGAUCCACUGUCGUGAUUUUUCGUCAGGGAAGCGAGUGCCGACAAAGGAGAAAUGCCAAGACGUAAAAGUAAAAAGGUGCUGAUAAAGUUGAAUGCAUGGAAGGCAGAACAGGAAAAUAAGAAGACGGGUGAUGAGCAGGGCAUAGCGGGACACGAGAAAGCUGAAGAGCAGCAAGUAGAGGGAGCAAGAGAAAGGCUGGCUGAUGAGCAGGAGUGUGAGGUAACAGGGGAGUGGCAGGGGGAAGAGUUCAUGUUCAACCCCUUCACACCAAAUGAUCAAUUGCAGCUGGCAGCGUCAAGCAGUCAAAAGAUCAUGCUGGAACACAUAGCAGAUGGGACCCAACUAGAGAAAGAAAAGCCGCACGGGGCCUAGGGAAGAACCAGUCAAGCCUGAUCUCAGCCAGCUGCAGAAGGACAUGGCAGAUAGCAGCCAGCUUUGCAAAGUUUUGAAGAAGUUGUUUAAGUUUCAAGUAAAGAUUUAAAGUGUAUAUUAUUUCAUCUUGCAUCAUUUUUUCGAUUUUCUUUGUAUUUGCAUUUUUGUAUUUAUAACAGGUAACAAAAUUGCAAGACAAGUACAAGGUUUCAAAAAUUGUUUAAUUAAAGCUGUCAAGAAGAUUCAA